GCCUUCCAAAAUUAUCCCUCUCAUGCUCAAUUCUCUCUUCUCUUCCCCUAUUCUCUUUCAUUUCGUUCGAUCUGCAGAGUUCCAAACUUCUCUUCCCUCUCUCUCUUUGAUAAUUGGUUAGAUUUGCAGCACCACUUCCUUUUUGCUCUUUGAUUUCCCGUCGGAAUUGUAGCAUCACUACACCAUCUCUUCCCUUUUCCUCUUUGCUUUUCGGUCAUGGAGGCGCAGCACCACACCACACCACACGAAUUUAAGACAUCAGUUUCAAUUACUACGAAUUUAUCUCUCUAAAUUGGCUGUCUGUUUUUGUGCAGCACCACUCUAGAAGAUUUAUUCACACAGAGGGUUCUUUUUCUCCAUCUUUGAAGAACUGUAUUGCUGUCAAUUUGGUGGAAUUACAAACAUUGCAGUAACAGUACAGAGUAUUUUUUACGCGGAAUCUCAUCAAAUAUAAUUAUGACUAAGCGUUCAUUGUCCGACGAGGAAAUCUUCUUACUACUUGAAGACAUACUACAAAAGCAUCACACACGGACCAUGAUCAUUAUCCGGGAAUACUUGAAACUUCACAAUGGUUCAAAUCGGAUUAUAAAGAACCACAUACGGCGUUCAUUUCGCCGUUUGGCCCGUAUACCUACACAGGUCCGUCGUCUUACUAGAUUGACAAGUCUUACUGGUCGGGACUGUAUAAAUAAUCUACGCAUGGACCGGAAUUGUUUUGGGAGACUAUGUAUUCUUCUUAGAGAAGGAGCUGGGUUGGUAGAUGGAUCAUUUGUUAAAGUAGAGGAACAAGUGGCUAUUUUCUUAUGUGUUUUAUCACAUCACGAAAAGAACCGGGUGGUUAGUUUUGAAUUUUGGCGGUCUGGUCAAACUGUUUCAUACUAUUUCCACGUCGUCCUCCGAGCCAUCAUACUGGUGCAUAAAAUGUUUAUAUCUAAGCCAACUCCGGUACCUGACAACAGUGUUGACCCUAGGUGGAAGUGGUUUAAGGGUUGCUUAGGUGCGUUAGAUGGGACAUAUAUUAAUGUCCGAGUUCCAUUGGCUGACAAGCCAAGAUAUCGAACUAGGAAAGGGCAAAUAGCCACAAAUACCUUGGCUGCGUGCACAAGGGACAUGCGCUUUGUGUAUGUUUUACCGGGUUGGGAGGGGUCAGCGGGUGAUGCACGUAUCCUACGAGAUGCAGUUGCUCGUCCACAUGGUAUCAAAGUCCCCAAAGGUAACUAUUAUUUGUGUGACAACGGGUAUGCAAAUAGUGAAGGUUUUUUGACACCCUACAGAGGAGUUCGAUAUCAUCUGCAGGAAUGGGGACCAGACAGUGAGAGGCCCAAGAAUCCUCGUGAAAUGUUCAAUAUGCGACAUACAAGUGCAAGGAACAUAAUUGAACGGGCUUUUGCGAUUCUUAAGAUGCGUUGGGGUAUUCUACGUAGCGCAUCUUAUUAUCCAAUCGAAACACAAACUAUGUUGAUAAUGGCUUGUUUUCUGUUACAUAAUUACAUAAGGGGGGAGAUGACAGUCGAUCCAAUUGAACAGUUAGUUGACAAUAACAUUGUUGACAAUGACAUUUUUGCUGAGCAAGAUGACACUGAAUAUGUAGAAUAUAUCGAUCCUACAGUUGAUUGGAAUAACAGAAGGGAUCAAAUGGCAGCUGACAUGUGGAUGCGUGAUGAAAGGCCAUGACAUUGUGACAUCCGAAGUCCAUGCUUUUAUGCGUCAAGCAUCAACGACGAGUGAGAAGCCCUCAUCUGAAGCUUCAUCAAGCGUUCCCACCCGGUCACUCACCUUAUCAGAAUUUGAGACGUGUUGUUGUAGUAUUCAGGAGCAUGGUUCUUGUGCUUCUUGGUGUAAUUAUUGGUAGACUAUUGUAGGCUUGUAGGCUUGUAACUGUGUUAUUGUCAAACUAUGCACAUCUUUAAUGUUGGGGUAUACAUUAUGGACUUCUUUUUUGCUACCUAA